AUAGCUUGUGUGUGUUUGGAGAAAAUACAAGCUUAUCAUCUGACAAACAAUGUAAAUAAUUAGCCAAUAUUCCGUAUUUGCUUUGUUUUAUCACUUUAUGGGUGAAACUGCCAGUAAUAUUUAAAAAAUCGUACCCAAUAUCUUGCAUUAUAUAAUUAAAAAUUAUUAAACCUAUAUCAUAAUAGUAAGAUUUAAAUACUUUGCAAUCACUUUGUAGUGGAUAUAGUACCAACCAACAAAAUGUACAUUUAGAAAAUAAAAAAAAAAGGGAGAAAAUUAAGAAAAGGGGAACAUUAAGAGAAAAUACAAUACUCCCCUUCUAGUAAAUCUCUAAUCUAGCCAUUUUUUUUAAAAAUCCCCUUCUCAAUUGCAAACCUAAACCCAGCUGAAAAAAUGCAGAAUACCAGAAAAAGGAAGCAAAUUUUUCCCAAAAACAAUAAACAACAAUCAGAAAUCACAAUUACGAAAAUCAAAUCAAAUAAAACCAAGAAAAACCCAAAAACAGAUACAAUUGAACCAUACCCAUCUCACCCAAGACCAACACCUGAAGAUUGUUUAGCCAUUAGAGAUGAACUGUUGGAAUUUCAAGGAUUUCCUGAAGAAUUCGCAAAAUAUCGCGACGAGCGAGAAAACCCAGAACUCAAUUCUUCAAAAUUGAUUAAUGGGUCAGAGAAAUCAGAGGUUUCAGCUGAGAAAUUGAGCGUUUUGGAUGGUUUAGUGAGCAUUGUUCUUUCUCAGAAUACUACUGAUGUUAAUUCUCAAAAGGCUUUUGGUUCUCUUAAAGCUGCAUUUCCCACUUGGGAACUUGUCCUUGCUGCUGAUCAAAAUUUGUUAGAGAAUGCCAUCAGAUGUGGAGGUUUAGCUCCAACUAAAGCUUCCUGCAUUAGAAACAUUCUGAGUUGCCUCAAGGAGAGGAGUGGGAAGUUAUGCUUGGAAUACUUGCGGGAUUUGUCCAUAGACGAAAUCAAGUCCGAGCUCUCCUCUUUCAAAGGAAUCGGACCUAAAACUGUAGCUUGUGUUCUCAUGUUCCAUUUACAGCUAGAUGACUUUCCAGUUGACACACAUAUUUUGCAGAUUGCAACUACUCUUGGUUGGGUACCAGAAGGAGCUGAUGCGAAGAAGACGUACCUUCACCUGAACCGUAGAAUUCCAAAUGAACUGAAAUUUGAUCUGAACUGCCUUCUGUUUACACAUGAAAAAAAAAGAGGUAUGACAAGCAAAUGUUAGCGAAUCAAAAGUAUGGUAUAUCUUAAGAUAAGGUGUCAAAUGUGCUUUUAAAAAGGUAUUCCACUGCUGUUUCGUCUUAAAAGAUGCAAGAAAUCCAGAUAUUGUUUCUUUCAUUUUGCGCCUUUUAUUAUCCAUUGUUUUGAUUAAAGUUCCAAAUUAUGUUUCACAACAGAAGAUUAAGGGCUUUUGCUUAUCUUUCCUGCACAUUAGGGGUUAGGCAAGUUGCAUGAACCUAAUCUUAACUUAAAAGUUAUCUUUAAGUAUAAUGGACAAGGUCAAAUAUUAGUUCUUAAAAGUGUUCCCGAUUAAUCUUCAACCUGUUUUAUUGGAACACCUAAGGUGGGUAUAUUCAUAAGAGGUACUCCGCAAGCAUUAAUCUUCAUAAGAGGUCUUGUCCAUCAGCAAUCUGUCAUAAUUAAAUGCGAAUUAAGUUUAAUUGAAAAUCUCGUUUUCAUACGACUAAUUUUAGUAUUCUAAAUUGAAGCAACUUACUCAAAUGAUUGAAUACUAAUAUGACCCUAAUCAAAUCAUAUAUGAGUGAGCUAUUUGCCACCUCUAUCACAAAACAAAAUAUACAUCCUACGAGACAUGAUAAUAUAUAAUUGAUGUUAUUCAUUAUCAUUUGGAAACACAUAUGUGACAUCAUUAAGAUAAGCAAAACUUAAAGAGAUUAAAUCACCAGUACAUUAAGUCAUAAUUGAAUACUUAAUUUUCAAUUUAUUUUGUAAUUAAAAAGGUGCAAAAAAAAAAAAAAAAAAAUCAAACAGUUCGAUCAAGACUAACACAGUAAAUAAAAACUGAUUCCUAUAAUUAAGACACCAUACUAGAAACUUGCAUAUCAUUCUCACUAGUCACUAGCUAGCUUAGUGUUUCUUAGCACACAUCUCUUACUUGUGCACUUGAGCUCCUUUUGAUCUCGUCUCUUCUUUGGUUUUGUGUUCCUUCUCUGAUCCAGGGUUCGAAAUUAAAUUAGGUUCAUAUUCAACUACAGUAAAAUAUGGUUAUUUGGCCCCAUCCCUAAUCUGUAUCUUCUUCGACGUGCCAUUUUCAAGAUCAUAAGUGUUAAGGAUUGAUCUUCUCAAAUUAAAUAUCUUCUAUUUUUUUUGUAAAUAUUCUCUAGCUUGAUUCUAGGAAUAUUAGUCAGUAAAUUAGUCAAUAUAUUUUAGCCUUAAUCUUAGUGACUGAUUGAUUGUAAUCUUGUAUAGCCUAACUUAGCCAAAGCCCUUACCAAUUGUAUACUAUAUACUUCGUAUAUGUAAUCGUUUAAUGAGAAAAUAACAACUUCUUUCAUAAUUCUUAUAAUAAGCCCAUAGAUACAAGCUUUUAAUCAAAAGUUCCCCAUUCGGCAUAAAUCCAAGCAUGUCCAUUGAAUCAAAUGAACCAGCAA